CCCCCGGCGCAUUCCUGGCAAGGGGCCGGGGGCGGUGGCAGGGGCCGGCGCGGGGGAAAGCUGCUGCGGGGCUGGGGGCUGUGGGGCCAUCCCCAGGUUGGGGCCAUGCUGGGGGGACACGCAGCCGGACCCACUGGGGAUGUGGGGGGAGUUUGGAGGGGCUGCGAGCCCCCCCAGCAGGGCCGGGGGUGCUCAGGACCCUCCUGGCUGCGGUGGCCCAGACGGUGAGCCGUGUGCCGUGGGGUGCCAGCCCCACACCGUGCCCCAUACGAUGCAGGCCUCGGCGCCCCACAUCCGGGCUCGCUGCGCCGCAGUGGGGGCCUCCCAGCCCAGCCACCCCAGGAUGAGGGGCUGGGGCUGGGUUUGCUCCACGUGGCUCCUCACCGCUCCCGCAGCCCCACGGUGCCGCUCCUUGCCCGCGGCCACCGGCAGGAUGCACCCCACGGUGGGUGACGGGGCGCGGGAAGGGCAGUGCCUCAGUUUCCCCCCGCAGCAGCAGCAGCACCGGUGCCCGUGCUGCCCCACCGCUGCCCCCCAGCCCUCGGCGUGGGGCAGCCUGGGCACGGAGCUGCGGGGCGCGCUGGAGCUCGGCCACCGCCCGGCGCCAUGGCGGGGGCUGGCUCUGGGGUGGCCGGAGCCCGUUCCAGCCCCGAGCGCAGACACACAAGCCAGAAAACAUAUUGCACAGCCGCUACUGGGAGCAGCCACCCGAGCGUCCCGGGGACAGCGGCUCCCACGGUGGUGGCAGGACACCGGUCUCAUCCCAGAGCAGCCGGCGGCGCCCAUACCCACACGGGGCGAGGAUAGGAUGCUGCGCUGGAGCGUGCUGGUGCUGUGCCUGCUCCUGCCCUGCUCGGCGCAGCAGCACCAGGAGGAGGCCAAGCGCAUCAUGGAGACCACGCCGGUCAUCGACGGGCACAACGACCUGCCCUGGCAGCUCCUCAAAAGGUUCAACAACCAGCUGGGGCUGCCGGAGGCCAACCUCACGCAGCUGACCGGCACGCACACCAACAUCCCCAAGCUGAACGCCGGGCACGUGGGCGGCCAGUUCUGGUCGGUGUACGUGCCCUGCGAGACGCAGAACAAGGACGCGGUGAAGCGCACGCUGGAGCAGAUCGACGUGGUGCACCGCAUGUGCGAGCUCUACCCCGAGACCUUCGCCUGUGUCGUCAACAGCGCCGGCAUCGAGGCGGCUUUCCAGAACAAGAAGGUGGCCAGCCUCAUCGGCGUGGAGGGCGGCCACUCCAUCGACAGCAGCCUGGGCGUCCUGCGCACCUUCUACCACCUGGGCGUCCGCUACAUGACCCUCACCCACAGCUGCAACACGCCCUGGGCUGACAACUGGCUGGUGGACACCGCGGAGGAGUCGCCCGUGCACCACGGCCUCUCGUCCUUUGGGAAGACCGUGGUGGAGGAGAUGAACCGCCUGGGCAUGAUCGUGGACCUGGCCCACGUCUCAGUGGAUACCAUGAAGAUGGUGCUGAACAUCUCCAAAGCCCCCGUCAUCUUCAGCCACUCGUCCGCCUACAGCCUCUGCCCGCACCGCCGCAACGUGCCGGAUGACGUGCUGAGGAUGGUGGCCUCCAAGGAGGGGCUGGUGAUGGUCAACUUCUACAACGAGUACGUGACGUGCAGUGACAAGGCCAACCUGAGCGACGUCGCGGACCACAUGGACCACGUGAAGAAGGUGGCAGGCGCCCAGUCCGUCGGCUUCGGCGGGGACUACGACGGCGUCACGGGGGUCCCCACGGGCCUGGAGGACGUCUCCACCUACCCGGCGCUGGUGGCGGAGCUGCUGCUCAGGAACUGGACGGAGCAGGAUGUGAGAGCGGCGCUGGCGAACAACCUGCUCCGUGUGUUCAGGAAGGUGGAGGAGGUGAAGAUGUCCCUGCAGGGCACGGCGCCCCACGAGGAGCCCAUCGCCUUCAAGGAGCUGGCAGGGGAGUGCAGGACGAGCUACGGCUACAGCGACACCAGCGGGGCCGGCCCAGCCCCGCUCCUGCCGGCAGCCCUGGUCCUGGCGCUGCCCCUGCUCAGCACCCUGCUCUCCUAGCAUCCUGCCUGUGGGUGCUGGGCAGCACUGGCAUGGCCGGAUCCUGCCGCGCCUUACCCCGAGCAAAAUGAAGCUGUGCCUGGCGUCCCGCUGGCUGCGCGCAUCGCCCCCGAGCCCCCAGGGCUGUGUGGUGGGGUCGGCACCUGCCCCGCUGCGGUGACGAGCCACCACGGCGUGUCACCGGCCACCCCGGCACCCCGAUGGCACCCAAGCACAGCACCGGUCACCCCGGCGUGGCGGAGGCAGCCGGUGGGUGCCCACCCCGGGGCAGCGGCCGGGCUCCAGGCUGCCACCGCACCGGGAGUGAGACAUCGCCGCAACACCCGGCCAGGUGGCGGCGGGGCUGCCUCCGCAGGAUGCUUCCAUUAAUCAUUAGCGAAUUAAUUGGUUACUCAA